AUGACCCGACAAGAGCGCCACAGCCUGAUGCAGGGAAUUGGUUGGAUUCCAGUUCCUUAUAACUUACCAGCACCGCUCCCGGCCAUUCCAGCCCUUGGGCACUACAUGGGCAAUCUUCCUCCCAUCCCUCGUCUUGGUGUGCCGCCGCUGAAGCUCCAUGAUGCUGGCAACGGCUUCCGGAACAUGCCUGGUCCGCAGGGCAAAGCUGGAAGUACGGUCAUGUGGCCUUGCUCACUGGCAUUGGGGGCCUCCUGGGAUGUGAAGCUGGUGCAGGAGGUGGCGGCUGAAAUCGGUCGAGAGUAUCGCGGCAAAGGCUCCAAUCUUAUCCUGGGCCCAAGCGUUCAGGUGCAGCGGGUGGCCCGCAAUGGUCGAAACUUCGAGUACAUGUCUGGGGAGGACCCCUACCUUGGCGCAAAGCUUUCUGCAGCCUAUGUGAAGGGUGUCCAGGGACAGGGUGUGAUGGCCUGCUUGAAGCACUUCGCCUUCAAUGAACAGGAGACAAACCGGAUGACGGAAAGCUCUGUGGUUGACGAGCGGACUGCUUGGGAGCUCUACUAUCCUCCCUUUGAGGCUGGCAUAGCCGCAGGAGCAGGCUCCGUGAUGUGCUCCUACAACCGUGUGAACGGGACCUACGCGUGUGCGAACGAGGAGCUGCUGACCCGUGACUUGAAGCAGAAGAUGGGCUUCAAAGGCUUCGUGAUGACAGACUGGUGGUCACUCCAUGACCCGGCCGAGAUGUCGGUAGUGAGGGGCCUGGACGUGGAGAUGCCGGGGGCAGGUGCCGAAACGUUCUUGUUUGCAGACAAGCUCGAGGCUAUGGAGGAUAAAAUGGACGGUGUAUUCAAGGGCUAUGCUAAUUUGAAAAGGGAAGAUCUCUACAAGGAGCCGGCCCGACGAAUCUUGACGGCUGCGCACAAGAUGCGUUUCUUUGAGGACGUGCCAUCUUGCACUCCUGGCCUCGACUGUGCUGGGCCGAUCUACUCUGACCAGCGGAGCACCAAGAACCUGGCUUUGGCACGGCGGGCGGUGCGAGAGUCGAUUGUGCUUCUGCAGAAUAAAGGAAAUCUUCUUCCACUGCAGGCGAAUGCAAAGCUGGCUCUGAUCGGCGACGCUUGGGUGGCUCCGAGUCGGAGCACGGAGGAGCUGGGCAUGUUUGGCGACUACUACAGCGGCGGUGGAUCAGGGCACUGCUACCUCCCAGCAGACAGGUUCAAAACCCCCUAUAUGACCGUCACAGCGUACACAGAUGCCCAUGACAUCUACACCACCAGCUCCCUGAGCAACAAUGUCACCGAGGCAUUGUCUGUGGUGUGGGAGGCGGACAUCAUAGUCGUCCUUGCUGCGACAACAGCUGAAGAAAGCCGAGACCGUCCAUCUCUGCAUCUAGACAAUGGGGCUGACGAGCUGGUCGAUGCUUUGUCGAAGGUGGGUAAGCCCGUGGUGGUUCUGGUGCAAGCUCCUGGAACCGUGGUCUUGCCCUGGCGAGAGGCCGUCGACACAGUUGCUCUCAUGUUCCUUGGGGGGGAGUUCACCGGAGCCGGAUGGGCCAGGCUGCUGUUCGGAGAAGUCUCCCCCUCAGGAAAACUCCCACUCAUGAUUCCGAAGCACGAGAAGUACACGAUCGAGCCUGGGCAAGAGCCUGACGUAGUGUAUGGUGAAGGUCUUUUCACUUCCUACCGGGCGUCUUCUGCAUCGGAAGCAGCAGCGUUCCCUUUCGGGCAUGGUUUGUCGUUCACCGAGUUUGCCAUUGCUGCACCAGAGCCGUACGAAUGCGGGAUGCCUCUUUGCGUGUCCUUAACGGUGACCAACAUCGGCACAAGAUUCCCUGGUGCAGAGGUGGUGCAAGCAUAUUUCGAGUUUCCACCCGAGGCUCAGGAGCCGCGGCUGUUGCUGAAAGGCUUUCACAAGACCGCAGUCCUGAAGCCAGGGGAGUCUGAGAAGGUCGAGCUGAGCUUCACAGUGCGGGAUUUCUCCAUCUACUCCACAGCACUGGGUGAUUGGGUCCUGCAGCCCAGUGUCCGGAUCCAUUUGGGCGUCUCCAGCGCCGACCUGCGGCACUCCCUUGAUGUGGGACCACUACCGCUACGGCAUGAUUGCAGAGAGCACAAGAGCGACCCGGCAGUGCAGAUCAAGAUGGGCGAGCUGGCACGGCGUGGCCUCACCAGCGUGUGGUUAGAGAUAGGAGACGAGGCCGAAAUCGAGAAGCCAGUGCUUGGCCGAAGUCGAGCAGGCCUUGCAGUGGACCAGCUAGACGUUUCAGAGACGGGCCGUGAGAUGCUUCGUCUCCUCGUAAAGAGUAGCUAUGGCUGCCCCGUCAAGGAGCGACAUCGAUACCAGGAUGCAGCAGCACGGCUUGCCUUUCAAGAUGAAGAGGAGUUUCUUCAAGCGCGCAGCCGGGAAGCGGCUGACAAGGCGGAGAAAUGUAGAAGUGAUGCCCAGGAAAGAGCAGGCAAGCUGCGAACUUCCAAGGAGGGCUUCACUGCAGCGAUCUCCGCCUUUCGCACGGCCAAGGAAGCCUUCCUGGCAGACAACCAAGUCUUGCAGCAGCGCCGCAGAGCUCUGGACCAGUCCACGCAGGAAUUGCGCCAAUGCCAGGCCAAGCUGAGGGAGGCAACCGGUUGCAAGGACCAGCUGCAGCAGUCUCUGGCGGCGCUGCCUGGCAUCCUGGAGGGCACAGCCCGAGACGAGACGGUUAGUGGCGAAGUGGCCUUGGAAGACUCCCUGAAGACGGCAGCUUUGUCAUCCCUGAAGCUGCCUGCAGAGGCCCGAGGAAGCUUCGACAAGGCUGUCCUGGAACAGCUCCACGGAGCCCUCACAAGGCUUCUAGAGGCACUGGGACAGACGGGCAACGGGCGGAUGCCCGAGUCUCCCGUCCGGCAGGCCUUGCCCACAGCAGAAGCUGAGCAGCUGGCUGUCGAGGAGGCUCGCGUAUCGGAGGAGGCUGCCGCGUCUGCCUUUGCUCAGGCGCGGGAAGCACAGAGGACGAGCGCGCACGCGCUGCGCCUUAGCGAGCUGGAGCUCCGCUGGGCUCAAGGUGCGGAGGGCGCCGCCCUGGAGUGCCUUCAAGAACAGGAGCAGGAGCUUGGAAGAGAGCUUCGCCAGUUCGAGCGCGAGCUGAAGGCUGCCAACGAAGCACUGCAUCAGUUCAGACAUGGUCCAAUGGCAUCGCUCAAGGGGAUGCGGCUGCUGCAGCUGUGGUGGGAUGUGACGUUGCACGAUUGUGUUGCUGAAGACCCCCACGAAGAGCAAGCAGGUCCAAUGCCGACUCUGCGUCAUCAGGCCCGCCGGAGGAUGCAGAAGUGCAGAUCGCAAGGGCCCGGCGGGCUCUUGACAGACUCGCGAAUGAGGCAUGUCGUUCUGCCUUCAGCUAUCGAGAUCUUUGGGCAGGUGGUGGCCGCAGAGUUUGAGGGAUCGGAGAAGGAUGACUUUCCGGACGUACCGGUCUUCUUGAGCCUGCCGCCCGAUGAGGUGGCACGAAUGACGCUGCGGCUGAUGCGGAAGCUCCUCUGCCGCCGAUCGGAGGCCUCUGCCGCUGCUUUGGCAGAGCAGCGGCUCAUGGCGUGGACAUGGCAGUGGCUAGCUAUGGAUGCUGGUCAGCGGCAAGAGCUGUGCCGAUUGGCGGUGCAAGGUGGGGCGUCCCUGCCUGCGCAAGUCCAGGCCCGUCACCUCGCCUUGUUGAUCGAUGUGCACUUGGCCCGGUCAUGGUGGGAGGAAAGGCAGCAGAUGCUGGCGCUGGGGGUGGAGUGCGAGGAAGCGGCCUCAAGCGAGGAGACCAUUCGGGCCACACGGCGCCAGGAAAGUGCAAGGGUGUGGCAAAUUGCCGUGUCCGCCAUGGCAGCGCUUCCCGACGCGGAGCUGGAUCUGAUCGGCCAGGCAGCCGUUGCGGAGGCACAGCUGGUCCUGUCCCCCAUCAGCAUGGCAAGGGCGGUACUGCACUUGGCUCCUUCCAGAAGGAGGCAGCUGAUGGAGAUCCUCAUCCACGAAGGCGUGCUGGAGGAGUCAUCUGCUUCAAGGUUGUUUCGGGCCUUGACGGCACUGGAUUCCAUGUUGGGCACCGAUGUGCUCGAUGCGCUACUGAUUGGGAUGGACACCGUGUGUGCUGGGGUGAGCUGGAGUGCAAAUGCCCUGGACUCGAUCGGGAAGCUGGGCUCCAGCACACUCAGUUCCGUGGGUGCGCUGGGCUCCUGGUCUUACCAAGCCAUUUGCUCGGAAGGACAUGGGCUCCGCGGCUCAGUCCAAACUGUUUGGAGCGAUUCUCGCACCAGGCGCUGA